AGCCGUUCUGGCUCAAGGUUCGUCGGACGCCAAGCGCCGACUAGCAGCUAGCCCCUUUCGGCCCAUGGCCGGUGAGUCGGCUUCGAUGAGGCCACGCUCAGACUUCCCAGCGGACGUUAUUGAUACACACAUCCACCUCAGCCGCCAUUACAGUGGUGGCUUGAAGAACGAAUGGCACCCAGACGAGACCGAAAGCUUUAGGCGUGAUUGGACUGAGGAGGACUACUUGGCUUCAGUAGCGAAGGGAUCGUGCAAGGUGAAGGCAGCUGUCUUUGUUGAGUGCUUCAAUCGGCCGCCAGUGGAAGAAGCCAGAUGGGUCCUAAAGAUGAUCGACGAUCCAAACUCAGUCGUCGUGGCGAUGUCAGCACAGAUAUCUGUGCAGAAGGGAGCCGCUGCGGUUGCUGAGUUUUUGGACGAGCUGCGUGAAGCCGACGGAGCCCUUCCCACAGGCCUGAAAGGCGCUAGAAUGGUUUUCCCAGCGGCUGAAAACAAGGCGCCAGACUGCUGUAUCGAGCCGAGGUUCUUGGAGGGACUUGCUGAGUUGGGCAAACACGGGCUGCUUUGGGAAUUUUGCGUGCAUCCUUACAUGGCGCCUUGCAUACCAGAGUGCGUCUCAAAGUUUCCAGACAUGACGUUCAUCGUCGACCAUUUAGCACAUAACGGCAACGAGGGCGGUGCCAUGGAAGCGUGGGGUCCUGCCAUAGAUGCCAUCGGCAAGUGCCCAAACGUAUACUGCAAGAUGGGGGCAUCGGAAGAAUGGGGCGUCACGAAUAAGAGUGAAUACAUGGACCGAGCUAUCGCAGCGUUUGGCUUUGACCGCAUCUUGUAUGAGUCCAACUGGUUUGUCAACGAAGCAAUGGGCGACUCAUACGACACAACAGCGAACCUGCUGCUCGAGGCCUGCGAUCGUGCUGGUGCGACGGCGGAGGACUUGGCGAAGGUUUUUCGAGGGAAUGCUAUGAAGGCGUACCGGCUCGAGAUUUGAGAUCGCGCAGCGCUCCUGCCACGUCAGUGUGGAGGACACCAGUCCGCUACACGUGACAUCGGAUCACACGUGGUUAAUCAUACGGGGGUCGGCGGAUUCUUCUGGGCAACAUAUCGGUUUCUGUGCUCCUCUCAUCCUCAUCCUGGGGCCGCGCCCCCAGGCAGCACACUCUGCCCGCGCGAGCCUGCCAUGCAUGCGCGAGCCCAAUCUCUAACCUCAGGAAGGCCCCCUUGCCCGCAAAUUCUUGACGCUUCGCGUAUCCCCAGGCACCCGGUUCCCCGGGCUGGUGCCAGUUGUUUGUCAGGGGUGAUGCUCGGAGCUUGGCGCCGCAAGGGCGACGUUCCGUAGCACCCCCGCACCACUGUGCGCUCGUUCUUUUGGACCGGGCGGCGCCUAGGUGCGUCACUGCGAAUGUGGAGCGUUUUGCUCAGUGCGCGUGCGUCGCACCUUGUGUGCAAUUAGCCUGUGCCGCCGUCCCGGACACGCUUGUUGCCGCCAGACCGUAGUCGCGCGGCCGCCGACCAAAAA